AAGUUCGAAAAAGUUCGAAUUGUUUGAAACGUUCCAAAAUAUUAAUUAACUGAAUUUUAGAUCAUUUAAACUUGUUAAAAUAAAAUAAUUUCCUAUAAGAGGACAACAAAUUAUGUCAAGUCACGAGCUAGCUAUCAACAAACUCAUAGAAAAUGGAAUUCGAUGUAGAAAUCUUCAAAAUAUUUUAGCAUCGAAUUGCGUCGUGGAUUGGUUUGGACGGACACUUGUAGGACAACAGAAAGCCAUCGAUUUUUAUCACAAUUCCAACACAAAUUAUGAGCACACUAUAUUAAAUAUAGUCAAUUCUGAAGCUAUAGAAGAGCGAUCUCAUCAUCAUCUUACACGUGAACAUCCACCAGAAAAUCUUAAAUCACUUUCUGAUAUUGACGUUGAUCAAUGGUACGAUUGCAAGUCUCAUUCACCGUCAAAUCUUAAAGAAGGUCAAAAGACGCCGGAACAACGAAUGACAAGUCAAAUUUGUCCUGGAGCGCCUUGUAGGCCCGGAAUGAGUUUUCUUCCUUUUGAUUCUGACAUUGAUGACAGUGAAGACGAAGAAGAAGAAGGAAAUGUUUCCGGUAUUCGUCCUCUUGAUGCAUCAGUGGAAUUGGAACCAAAAUUAAAUGACAAAUCUCCAGCAUGUAAAAAGUUACGACGUGGAAAUGAGGAAACGAAUGAGCUGAGCUCAAAUGUCGAAAGUAAUUUUUCUGAUCUCUUUUAUGUGGAAGCUACGGGAGUUGUUGCCAUUAAACGUCAACCAAAGAUGAGUGAUGAACUUGAGAAACGUGAUUGUCGAAUGUUAGUUUCAUAUCGAACUAAGAAAACUGAUCCAAACUUUGUUCAAAUCGCUCUCAUUGUUUACAAAUCUAAUACAAAAAAUCCAAAAACCCGCCGCAAUUUAAUGUUAGAAUUUCGUGAAGAAUCUGUCGAGUUUUCGACUCCAACAUUGUUUUCAAGAAGUCAAACUGAGGAAAGAAUUGAAUUUUCAAUCGAUGGGAAAAAUUCAAGUCGAGCCGCGACAGUUCCAGCUGAGAAUAAAACAUCGAAAGCUGUUAAACGUCCGCUCAAUUCGAAGACUUCUCUUCGAUUCUAGACAUGUUGAUGAUACAAACUCAAACAAGCAAGAAUUUAAUAGUUAUAUUAAUACAAUAUACUCAAGUGCCUCCAAACAUUAAUUCAACCAUAACUUGUCGCCAUUCGUGAUUCAAUUUUUAUAUUUCUGAACUGUUUUUAUUUGAAAAUAAAUUAUUUUGAACAUAAACUCACGUCUUCUACUCGAUGGAUGUUCA